AUGGAAAUAGAAUCUGACAUACCUCAUAUCCCUAAUCACAAACUAUCAGAGAAAGAGUUUCUACUCACUACGUCAAUUUCAACCGAGGAGAGAGAGAAGAUUGUUGGAGAAUUAGUCGCAGCCAUCAAAAGUGAUAAUCUUGCACCUUAUUACAAGUACCUCCCCGAAAAGGUGAAAGAUUUUCCAUUUGAUGAAUCUUUGUACAAAGAGCUUGUAUCAAAAAAUGAAGAAGAGGUAACCGAGUUGAAGCUGAAGAUCAAGGAAGCUGAGGGAGAAGAGGAAACCGAGUUGGAUGUUGUCACCACGACGACCAAAUUGGCCGAAUACUAUACAAAGAUUAUUGACAGAGCCAAUGCUACUGAAACAUUGAACAAGGUGGUGGAAUUGACUUCAGAUACUGGUAAAAAGAUUGACAAUUUGUUGACAUUGACUAGACUUGACUUUUUCUUUAACGAUUUGCCACAGGUUCGCAAGGAUCUUGAUCAAAUUUCGGUUCUCAUUGAAAAGGGUGGUGAUUGGGAGCGUCGUAAUAGAUUUAAGGCCUACAAUGGGAUUUACUUGCUUGCUACAAGAAACUUUUCUGAAGCUUCAAAGCUACUUACAGACUCGUUGGCAACUUUUACAUCCACAGAGUUGUGUACAUAUGAGCAAAUUGCGCAUUAUGCAAUUGUUGCUGGUGUGAUAUCCUUAGAUAGAGUUGACUUAAAGGAAAAGAUUAUCGACUCACCAGAGAUUUUAUCAAUUUACUCGUCUGCACCAGAGUUGGAACCUUUGCUAAACUUGACUAAUUCAUUAUACACAUGUCAAUAUAACUGUUUAUUUGACUACCUUUUACAAUCAUAUGAUCAGUUGCUAUUACCAAACAAGUAUUUACACGCCCAUGCAAACUACUUUCUCCGGGAAAUGAGAUGUAAAGCUUAUGGACAAUUGUUAGAGAGUUAUAAGUCAUUGUCGUUAAAAUCAAUGGCAGCCAAUUUCAACAUUAGCGAAGACUUUUUAGACCAAGACUUGUGUAGGUUUAUUCCAAACAAAAAGCUCAACUGUGUUAUUGACAAGGUUAACGGAAUAAUAGAAACAAACAGACCUGACAAUAAGAACAAUCAAUACCAUUUGUUAAUCAAACAAGGUGACACAUUGUUAACAAAGUUGCAAAAAUAUGGUGCUGCAGUAAAGUUGAGUGGAGCUGAAAGAGUUGUAUAG